AUGCACGUCGUGACAGUGGCGUCCGAGUCCCGAGCCCCUUCCACGGCGCAGGACGUGCCUCUUGCCUUGGAUGUGCAGCAGGUAGGACACUUGCUUGGUGUGGCCCCUGGGCCCCGCCUGCAGGCUCAGCCUCUUGGGGAUGGUGAUCUCGUAGGAGGCAAAGCCCCAGUCCGGCUGGAAAACGGGGUCGGCGGCUCGACAGUCGAGGAGCAGCAGCGCCAGCAGCAGCAGCGGCAGCAGCGGCGCGGCGAGCCCUUGGCCCGGGGAGGCCCAGGUCCGGGGCGACCUCAUGGGCGCCCCGGGCCUGCUCAGCGCGGCCUGAGCCGGGCCGCAGCCGGACUUCCAGGAACGGCCGCUGGGGGCGCCCGCGCGCCGGCGCGAGCUGCCUGGCAGGUGCAGGUGCAGGUGCAGGUGCAGCCCUUGCCCCCAGCCGGCCCCGCGCACCUGCACCUGCACCUGCACCUGCACCUGCCAGGCAGCUCGCGCCGGCGCGCGGGCGCCCCCAGCGGCCGUUCCUGGAAGUCCGGCUGCGGCCCGGCUCAGGCCGCGCUGAGCAGGCCCCGGGCGCCCAUGAGGUCGCCCCGGACCUGGGCCUCCCCGGGCCAAGGGCUCGCCGCGCCGCUGCUGCCGCUGCUGCCGCUGGCGCUGCUGCUCCUCGACUGUCGAGCCGCCGACCCCGUUUUCCAGCCGGACUGGGGCUUUGCCUCCUACGAGAUCACCAUCCCCAAGAGGCUGAGCCUGCAGGCGGGGCCCAGGGGCCACACCAAGCAAGUGUCCUACCUGCUGCACAUCCAAGGCAAGAGGCACGUCCUGCGCCUGCGGCCCAAGAGGCUUCUGCUGCCCCGCAACCUGCAGGUUUUCUCCUUCACGCCCCAGGGCAAGCUCGUGGAGGACCACCCGUUCAUCCCCAGAGACUGCAGCUACGCGGGCACCGUGGAAGGGGCUCGGGACUCGGACGCCACUGUCACGACGUGCAUGGGGGGCCUGCGAGGGGUGCUGGCCAUCGACGCCAGACGCUACCAGAUCGAGCCCCGCAAGGGCUCCUCCACUUUUGAGCAUGUGCUGUAUCUCCUGAAGAGCGAGGCGCUGCCUCCGGGUCAAACCUGCGCCAUGACUGGUGAUGGUCUGGGGAGACCCGCGACCCCUAAGGACAGUCAGGCCAGGGUGGGGGACAUGCUGGAAACGUACAAACACACCAAGUACUUAGAGUUGGUCCUGGUCUUUGAUCACGACAGAUACGUGUAUUCCCAGUCUAAUCUCACCCAAGUCGUGAGUGAUGGCAUUAUUAUGGCAGGGAUUAUGGACACUUACUUUCAGGAUGUGCACAUGCGGAUCCACCUAAGUGCUCUGGAAGUGUGGACAGAUAAAGACAAAAUAAAUAUUGACGUUUCCACAUUACCUAGGGUUUUAGAGCAAUUGAAAAUAUACAGAAAAUUAUAUAUAAAUCCUCGGGUUACUAAUGACUGGAUACAUUUAUAUAUUAAUAAACAAAGCAAUGUUGGUAUUACAACAAGAUCAGGAAAAGUGUGCUCUCCAAAUCUUACUGGUUCUCUAAGUGCAUUUCUAGAUAAAAAUCUUCAUGUUCCUGUGAUUUGGGCUGCUCAUUCACUGGGUCACGUCGUAGGAAUGCAGCAUGAUACUGCCUACUGCGUCUGUCGGGGUCAGAAUACAUGCAUCAUGGGCACUGGAGUAACUGGUUUUAGUAAUUGUAGUUAUGCUGAUUUUUGGGCCUACACAAGUGUAGAUGCACAUUGUCUAAACAAUAUCCCUGAACCAGGUUAUCUUGUUAAGAGAUGUGGAAACAAAUUUGUGGAAGAGGGUGAGGAAUGUGAUUGUGGUACAGGUGAGGAGUGUAAAAAAGACCGGUGUUGUCAACCAAAUUGUAAACUCAGACUGGGGGCCAAUUGCAGCACUGGUCUUUGCUGUCAUAACUGUCACAUUCGACCAUCUGGGUACAUAUGCCGGAAGGAAGAAAAUGAAUGUGACUUUGCAGAAUACUGCAAUGGACAGUCAGCUUUAUGCCCAGAUGACUUUUAUAAGCAAGAUGGAACUCCUUGCAAGUAUGAAGCCAUUUGCUUCAGAAAGAUGUGCACGUCCAGAUACAUGCAAUGCCAGAACAUUUUUGGACCUGAUGCCAGGGAGGCUCCUUAUCAGUGCUAUGAGGCGGUCAAUACAAUUGGCGACCAGUAUGGGCACUGCAGAAUUAAAGGAAUGAAUGCCUAUGAAAAAUGUAGCCAGCAAAAUUCACUAUGUGGCAGAAUACAGUGUAUAAACGUCAAAACCAUCCCUGAUUUACCAGAUCAUUCUACUGUUAUUUCCACUCAUCUGGAGAAGGAAAACCUCAAGUGCUGGGGAAUAGGUUAUCAUUUAUCCAUGGUUCCCAUAGAGAUACCUGAUGUGGGUGUCAUAAGUGAUGGAACCUCCUGUGGUAAGAACCAGAUAUGUAUUAACGGAACUUGUGUGGAGAGAUGGACAGUCCUCAAGACUGAGUGUUUGCCUGAGGAGUGCAACCGCCGAGGUUUUUGCAACAAUAAACAGCACUGUCACUGCAUGUAUGGCUGGGCCCCUCCGUUCUGCGAGCUGGCGGGGCUUGGGGGAAGCAUUGACAGUGGGCCCCCACGAGCAAUCAGAGAAUAUGAGUCUUCCUGGUUCAUUGUCACAUCCUUUGUGUCAUUACGCUUUACUACGUUUUUCAUCUCGGUUAUUAUUGCAGUUUUCUGGAGACUCAAAGAAAAGUGUUUCAAACCCCAAAGGACAGAAGGACCACCAAUUUUCUCUGAACUAACACAUUUACAAGAACUGAAAAGCAGGAAAAAAGGGUCACCUGUCCGUCGGUAACCCCUUAACUCUACAGUAUCAUAUAUUUAACAGACUUGUCAUUUAUCUAAAUGACCCUUCAUUCAUGUUCCAAUUCUUUUCAUUUAAUUUUCCUUCCAGAUUGGGUCAACAAAUAAAUGACAUUCUUGGAAAGUAAUCAGUGCAUUUUACUUUCCUGU